AUGAGAAUUACAGAAAGCAGCUCAGCAGCCGGAAAUUAUGUAACUAUCGAAGGAAGUGGCAUGGUUUUGGCGAGGGUUAGAGAAUCAGUUUCAGUUCAAGUAGUAGGGAAUGAUGUAAUGAAAGUUAUUAUGUCAACAAUCAUUACGGUAGGAACUGUGGCGGCAACGGCAAUGAUUCCGGCUACGGGGGUUACAAAGGCAGCACUUGCGGGAGCAGUCGCUAGAAAAACAGUGGCUAUCAAUGUCGCGGGGGGGGGGAUGAUGCAACAAGCAUCUAAUAUUCUAAUGGACUCGCCUUCUUUUCACGAAAUAUCAGAAACCAUGAACAUUCAUGAAUUUAAACAUAAAUAUCUAUUCAGCAAAACUCGCCCGAUUUCAUUAAGAAUAGAAUACAACCAAGAGUUAGCCAAUCAAUAUUUAAACAAAAGGGAAUUGAAAGAUGAAACGGAGACAAAAGUUUUGAUAACUGCUGAUGUUUCUAAUGCUGACUAUAAUAAUGUGGAUUAUAUUGGAAAUCAAGAUUUUGUUUAUAAUUUCACUAGCGGAGGCACCGUAACUCUUAAAACAAGAGGCAGCGGACCACAAUCAUGCACUAUUCCCAGCCAAGGAGGUCAAGUUACUCUUGAAAUUCGGGGUAGUUCAGCUAGAUUGAUAAUGAAGAUUAAGAAAGAAACUUCAAUUAAAAAUCCAGUCGGUAAUCCAGAAGGUAUUCCUCCAAGCACUCAAUUACCAACUGACCCAAAUACCACCAACAUUCCGCCCGCUAUCCCCUUCAACCCCAACCAAUUCCCUCAAUCUGGCAAUCUAAUCCCUAAUCCAACUGGUUCAGACCAAGGAAUUGAUAUUGACCCCACACAAGACAUUGAUCCAACCCAAGACCCUGAUAAACCAACUGAUCCUGAUGUUCCUCCUGAUGAUGAUCCACCAGAUGACCCUGAUUAA